AUGCCUUCUACGAAGCGACCUGCUCCACGAUCCGCCUCACCGCAGACCCCUCCCCCCAAGCGCAUGAGGACCUCCGACAGUGUCCAAAAAGCAACGCAUUCGAGCAUAUCUGCGGUUGAACCAGGCGUUAUUGAUGUUAUGAACCGCGCGCUGGACUACACCAACGCCGCAACGAAGUACUGGAAGAUUGCCGCCAAGGAAGCCAAUGCCGAGAUCGAUCACUGGAAGAAGGAGUGCGAGCGAUGGAGCGACAGGGCUAGCAAAAGUGAUGCUGCUGUGGUGGACGAGAAGCGUGAGAGGCUCGCGGCGCAAAACGCACAGCAAGACGCGGAGCGUCGCUGCGCCCAGUUGUUGGCAAAGCUGGCCACACACAGGGACGCCCUCCUGCAGAUUGGCGGCCUGUCCAAGAGAACGAUCGAUGGUAAGUCCUAA